AUGCCCGAUGCCCGACCGUCGAGCGCACAAACCUAUGAAUUUAGCAGGGAACCAAUUCCUAAUACCGCCACUUUUACAUCCGCAACGCAUGGCAAUUAUUACGACCUGUCCAAAAAAGCGUACGUGCUAGUAUUUCAUCAUUGUGAAUUCGAGAACCAUGAGUAUAACAGAGCAGGCAGUUCUAAGGACAUGAGGAAAAUCGAAGAGAUCAUCCGAUACUACCGAUGUGAUGAGCCUGACAUCAAUGAAAACUGUACAAAAGACAAGAUUAUACAAAAAAUGAAUACUAUAUCGGAAAAAGAUUUUACCGAGUACAGUUGCCUGAUUGUGUUUAUUAUGAGUCACGGCAAUGAGCAGGAUUCGAUUAUGGCAUAUGAUGGAAACAUGUACUCAUUGCAGAGUGAUAUUGUGGAGCAGUGCACUAUGAACCGUACAUUGAACGAUAAGCCAAAGAUAUUCGUCGUGCAAGCUUGCCGGGGAGAUGCGAAGAUCGUGGCCGAUGCAACGCGCUCAAUGAGCCACAAGAUCGACAUAGUCGCCUUUCAAAGCUCCUAUCAAGGGACGGUGUCAUUUCGUACCGUAGAACAAGGAAGCUUCUUCAUGCAAGCCUUUCUACAGUUGCUUCAUGGAAACAACCAGAAAAGUAUUCUCGACGUCAACGAACAACUAAACAGAGAGUUCAGAGCGAACAACAUUCUACAAACCCCAACAAUGACGGCAACGCUGCAGAAAAAGUUGAUAUUUGGUCAAUUGCUUCGACAGCCUUAG